AUGGCUUCCAAGUCCCUUGCCUUUCUCCUCUCUCUCAACCUUCUUUUCUUCACAAUGGUGAGCUCCACCUACGUGCCAUCUUCAGGGGCUCAUUGUCCCAUUGAUGCUCUCAAGUUGGGAGUGUGCGCCAAUGUGUUGAAUUUGGUGAAUGUUAAGAUUGGAUCCCCACCAACACUCCCAUGUUGCAGUCUCAUUAAAGGUUUGGCUGAUCUCGAAGUUGCCGCUUGCCUUUGCACUGCCCUUAAGGCUAAUGUUCUUGGCCUCAACCUCAACAUUCCCAUUGCUCUUAAUGUCAUUCUCAACAACUGUGGAAUGAAAAACUCUGGCUUCCAGUGCUUUUAAUUAAAUUAAA